UGCCAGUCAAUGUCUUGUUCUGUAUUUAUAACAAGUAAUUGUUUCUUGAAUAUAAAAUAGUUUCUAGCGUGUAAUUUACACGCUAGUUAUACAUUUUUUGGCGUAGUGUAUGUAAUAUAUAUAAAAGCAUAAUAAAGUGGAUUAAUUAAAAUCUUACUUUAUAGUUGUGUGCGUAUUAUGAAAUAUUCUACGCACAUGUUCGGUAUGUUACUAGUAACAAUUCUCUUCCUCUCGUUUGAAGACAAAGAUAAAUUAUGGACGGAAUCACCGCACGGCUUGGAAGCAAUCUUGCUGAAGGGGAGAACUCGGUUUCACCUGAAUUUCCUCAGUUUGUUCUCCACGAUAAACCGCCUCCUUCUUACGAGGAAUCACAACAACAAAAACAGCAACAACACGGCGCGUUUGCAAAUGAAACUAGCGAAGUCUCGCAAGCAGAUAAACUUGCGAUAUACCGUCAUCCAUUAUUCCCACUUCUUGCCAUGUUGUUUGAUAAAUGUGAAUGGGCAACAGGAAGCCAGGAGGGUCCAAGCAGUCAAGCUUUUCAAAAUGAUAUAAGAUCUUUCUUAUUACAUCUUGGACAAGACGGCAAAUCGCUCAUGUCUGGCAAUGAUGAGACGGAUAGUUUGAUGGUAAAGGCAAUUCUGGUCCUUAAGAUUCAUCUGUUGGAAAUUGAGAAAGUGAAUGAACUAUGUAAAGAUUUCUGUCAGCGAUACAUUGCUUGUUUGAAAGGAAAGUUGCAAACAGAAAACAUGUUAGGUAUUUUCUCAUCUGGCUGUGAUGAUAUUAUGAGUAGUAUAUCAAAUGACUCUUCUGCACAGCUGAAUCAACUUCAAGGCAGUUUGGCAUAUCUUAGUCAAUCAACAUCAAGUUCAUCAAUAGCUGCUGGGAGGUCAGACUCUGUGAAAACUUUUAAUGAUCAACUAUCUCCUGCAUUACAAACCACUGAAGUACCAACUUUACCAACAAUGGUUUUAACCAACAGUACCAAUCAGAGUAAUAAUACCAUAUUUGGAUCAUCACUUCCAGCCCUUGAUGCACAAUACAAAUCACCUGUAUCAGGGACAUCGAAUCAGUCACUUCGUACAGUACCAUUAUCAAGUUUAUCACCAUCACCACCUAACAAGAAACAAAGACGUAGUAUAUUGCCAAAGCAUGCAACAAAUACAAUGAAAGCAUGGCUUUUCCAACAUAUUGCGCAUCCUUACCCAUCAGAAGAGGAAAAAAGAAUUUUGGCUCAUCAGACAGAUCUUUCUCUGUUGCAAGUGAAUAACUGGUUCAUUAAUGCCAGACGAAGGAUACUACAGCCAAUGCUGGAGUCAAGUAAUCCUGAAACUGCAUUCAAGUCUAAGAAAUCUAAACCUAACCAAGCUCGUCUAGCUCAAAGAUUUUGGCCAGAAUCAUUAGUGCAGACAAUUCAAGGUGGAACAACAAGUGCAGUGCAGUUUCCACAACAAACUGUGCAUAUAAUAUCGAAUGAUAUUAAAGAUGGUGUGCCUAUCGCUGUUGUAUCGAACAAUAAUCCUCUCGUCUCGACUGGGAUACCAAUCCAAUGCGUUCAGUCUGAAAAACUACCCGUUUUAACAAUGUUAACUUGUCAAACACAGGCACUCAAUGACACAGACUUAGUAACUGUUGCGAAUAACAAUAAUUCACUUGCUAAUGCUGAUAAAGCGAUGACCACGAUUUCUCUGGAAAGCGGUAGUGAUAUUGCGGAUACGGCUAAAUCAGACGUUGUUUCUGGGUAAGAACAUACACAGCACUACAGUGUCUGUCAGUGACGUAACUCAAUGUCUCAAUCAUACAGAUGAAACACUUCAAAAUCCAGUAUCUGUAGUAUUACGAUAUUUGGUAUUUUGGAAAGACCAAUAUUUUAUAGUUAUACCAGACUGAUUCAUAUUUUAUUCUUACCAAGGUAGCAGGUCGAAAAUAAGAAUUGUUUAUGAUGAGUCGGGAUGAGUCGGUUUUACCGUUUGUCUGUAUUCUAGAGCUCACUUAUAGGUUAUAGUUAUACUGAUCCAAAUAAGUACAAAUUUAGCCGUAAAUACCCGACUUGAAUAAAUCAAUUUGGGCUAUAGCUAUAUAGGCUAUACUGGGACUUUGUUAGUUUCAGUGUUUCUCUCAGUCAAAAAGUGUUAGGAGGAUUUAUUUAUUGUUUUAGAAUACAGGCAAUGAGUGUCCAUUUAGAAGGGAGUAAAAAAACAACUAACACUAUAGUCUACACGUUUACUUGUUCUAACCUUUUAAAACAGCAAACUUAUUUGUUGAUUUACUGUGUUCUUUUUGACUCUUUGUAACAACGUACCACGUCCAAUUUAGUAUUUGGUACCUAUUUAACAUUGAUAUUGUUAUUGAUAAAAAUAUUUUUUGUUUAUAUGUUUUCAAUCGAGAUAAGCAGCAAUGCGACCAUCUGGGCAUCUGUUGUGUAAUUCGCUCUCUUACCACGUAAAAUUAUGUUUAUACUGUGAAAAGUUGAGUUACGGUAAUAUUGAAAUUUUAUUCCAAAUGUUAUAACUGCUUUCAACUUACGCGUUUUUUAUACGCACGUACACGUACGGAAAAUUUUAAUUGCUUUUAAUUUUUUAUUAUUUAAC